AAAGCAGAAGUCCUGAACACUCCUAUUCUUCGAUGCUUUAAGCGCACUCCCUAUAGCUACGAACUCUAUAAGUCUUUAUCGAUGACUUAUGAAUCAAGUCGGCAAGCCCUUAAAGAGUUGGGCCGAGACGCUAAAUUUAAAGACGAUAUUAGGAGUGGUAAAGGGUGCUUAGUCAAUCUAGCGACGCCGUCUUUAAAAAAUAUUAUUAAUCACAAUUUAUUAGACGCGAUCUCUAGUAUAUCGUUCUUCUUCGACCAUCUUAGGAAGGCCUUAUAUAUUUCGCCGGAAGUAUGCUUAGGAAAAGGGAUGUUUAUACUCUAUAUAAGCUUUCGGAUACGUAUAAGUAUGCAAUUUACCAAAAUCCGGAUCUUCUAUAGUUAA